GCGCCCCCGGCAGCGCGGGGAGCCCAUGCUCUGCCCCGCCUCGCCGCUCCGGGCCCCCGCGCCGCCGCGCCGAUGCCGUUCUCGGGCGAGGAGCGGAGCCUGCAGGGGAUCUACAAACCGGCGGGGCCGGCGGACGGGCGGCCGGUGUGCUCCGAGUGCUACACCAACCGCUCCUUCGUCUACGACGAUGGCAGCGCCCACAGGCUCUCGUCGCCCGGCGGCUGCGGCGGCGGGGACGGCGGCGGGAGCCGCAAGAGCGGGGUCAUUCUGGACAUCGCCUCCCUGAAGAUGACGGAGCUGGAGUCCGAGGUGCUGCCGCUGCCGCCCCGCUACCGCUUCCGCGAUCUGCUGCUGGGGGACCAGUCCUUCCAGAGCGACGACAGGGUGCAGGUGGAAUUCUACGUGAAUGAAAACACCUUCAAGGAGCGGCUGAAGCUCUUCUUCAUCAAGAACCAGCGCUCGAGCCUGAGGAUCCGGCUCUUCAACUUCUCCCUGAAGCUGCUGACGUGCCUGCUGUACAUCGUGCGUGUCCUGCUGGACAACCCCGAGGAGGGCAUCGGCUGCUGGGAAUGCGAAAAGCAGAAUUACACAACGUUCAACCAGUCCACCAACAUCAACUGGUCCCACAUCUUUUGGGUGGACAGAAAAACCCCUCUGUGGGCCGUGCAGGUCAGCAUCGCCCUCAUCAGCUUCCUGGAGACCAUGCUGCUCACCUAUCUCAGCUACAAGGGGAACAUCUGGGAACAGAUUUUUCGCAUUUCCUUCAUCCUGGAGAUGAUCAACACGGUGCCGUUCAUCAUCACGAUAUUCUGGCCUCCUUUACGGAAUUUGUUCAUUCCCGUGUUUCUCAACUGCUGGCUGGCCAAGUAUGCCCUGGAGAACAUGAUUAACGAUCUGCACCGAGCCAUCCAAAGGACGCAGUCAGCAAUGUUCAACCAGGUGCUCAUCCUCAUCUGCACCCUCCUGUGCCUCGUUUUCACGGGGACCUGCGGCAUCCAGCAUUUAGAAAGAGCAGGUGAGAAGCUCUCCCUCUUCAAGUCCUUCUAUUUCUGCAUCGUCACCUUUUCCACCGUGGGCUACGGAGAUGUGACACCAAAGAUUUGGCCUUCCCAGCUCCUCGUGGUGAUCAUGAUCUGCGUGGCCCUGGUGGUGCUGCCGCUCCAGUUCGAGGAGCUCGUCUACCUGUGGAUGGAGCGGCAGAAGUCGGGCGGGAAUUACAGCCGGCACCGCGCGCAGACGGAGAAACACGUGGUGCUGUGCGUCAGCUCCCUCAAGAUCGACCUCCUCAUGGACUUCCUCAACGAGUUCUAUGCCCACCCACGCCUGCAGGAUUACUACGUGGUGAUCCUGUGCCCAACAGAGAUGGACAUCCAGGUGCGGCGCGUGCUGCAGAUCCCCCUGUGGUCCCAGAGGGUGAUCUACCUCCAGGGCUCUGCGCUCAAGGAUCAGGACCUCAUGAGAGCCAAGAUGGACAAUGGAGAAGCUUGCUUCAUUCUCAGCAGCCGAAACGAGGUGGACAGAACAGCAGCGGACCACCAGACCAUCCUGAGAGCCUGGGCUGUCAAAGACUUUGCUCCAAACUGUCCUCUCUACGUUCAGAUCUUAAAGCCAGAAAAUAAAUUUCAUGUCAAGUUUGCCGAUCACGUUGUGUGUGAGGAGGAGUGCAAGUAUGCCAUGCUGGCACUGAACUGUGUCUGUCCUGCCACCUCCACCCUCAUCACGCUGCUGGUGCACACCUCCCGUGGCCAGGAGGGCCAGGAGUCGCCGGAGCAGUGGCAGCGGAUGUACGGGCGCUGCUCGGGCAAUGAGGUCUAUCACAUCCGCAUGGGGGACAGCAAAUUCUUCAUGGAGUACGAGGGGAAGAGCUUCACCUACGCCGCCUUCCACGCGCACAAGAAGUACGGCGUCUGCCUGAUUGGCAUCCGGAGGGAGGAGAACAAAAGCAUCCUGCUGAACCCCGGGCCGCGGCACAUCAUGGCAGCGUCGGACACCUGCUUCUACAUCAACAUCACCAAGGAGGAGAACUCUGCCUUCAUCUUCAAGCAGGAGGAGAAGCAGAAGAAGAAGGGCUUUGCGGGCAGAGGCAACUACGACGGCCCCUCCCGGCUCCCCGUGCACAGCAUCAUCGCCAGCAUGGGUACAGUGGCCAUGGACCUGCAGAACACCGAGUGCCGCCCUGCCAACAGCAGCAAGCUGGCACUGCCAGCCGAGAACGGCUCGGGCACGCGCCGGCCCAGCAUCGCCCCUGUCCUGGAGCUGGCUGACACCUCGUCCCUGCUGCCCUGUGACCUCCUCAGUGACCAGUCUGAGGAUGAGAUGACACAGUCGGACGAGGAAGGGUCGGCGGUGGUGGAGUAUGUGAAGGGCUACCCCCCAAACUCACCUUACAUUGGGAGCUCCCCGACCCUGUGCCACCUUCUGCCUGAGAAAGCCCCGUUCUGCUGCCUGAGGCUGGACAAGGGCUGCAAACACAACAGCUUUGAGGAUGCCAAAGCCUACGGCUUCAAGAACAAACUGAUCAUCGUUUCUGCAGAGACAGCUGGCAAUGGCCUCUACAACUUCAUCGUCCCGCUGCGGGCGUACUACCGCUCCCGCAAGGAGCUCAACCCCAUCGUGCUGCUGCUGGACAACAAGCCUGAGCACCACUUUCUGGAGGCCAUCUGCUGUUUCCCCAUGGUUUACUACAUGGAGGGCACCAUUGACAACCUGGACAGUUUGCUGCAGUGUGGCAUCAUCUACGCUGACAACUUGGUGGUCGUGGACAAGGAGAGCACCAUGAGUGCUGAGGAGGACUACAUGGCAGAUGCCAAGACGAUUGUCAACGUCCAGACCAUGUUCAGGCUCUUCCCCAGCCUCAGCAUUAUCACGGAGCUGACCCACCCCUCCAACAUGAGGUUCAUGCAGUUCAGAGCAAAGGACAGUUACUCCCUGGCCCUUUCCAAGCUAGAAAAGAGAGAGCGAGAGAAUGGCUCCAACCUGGCCUUCAUGUUCCGGCUGCCCUUCGCAGCCGGGAGAGUCUUCAGCAUCAGCAUGUUGGACACGCUGCUCUACCAGUCUUUCGUGAAGGAUUACAUGAUCACCAUCACUCGGCUGCUGCUGGGCCUCGACACCACGCCGGGCUCUGGGUACCUCUGUGCGAUGAAGAUCACUGAGGAUGACCUGUGGAUCCGGACGUACGGCCGCCUCUUCCAGAAGCUCUGCUCCUCCAGCGCCGAGAUCCCCAUCGGGAUCUACAGGACGGAGUCGCACAUGUUCGCCACCUCCGAGCCCCACGACAUCCGAGCGCAGUCACAGAUCUCAAUCAAUGUUGAGGACUGCGAGGACACCAAGGACGUCAAGGAGCACUGGGGCAUCAAGACGAACCACCACCGGAACUCGUGCUCCAGCGACCAGUCGGAGCACCCGCUGCUGCGGCGCAAGAGCAUGCAGUGGGCACGGCGGCUCAGCAGGAAGGGCAACAAGCACUCCAGCAAGACGGCCGAGUGGAUCAGCCAGCAGCGCCUCAGCCUGUACCGGCGCUCCGAGCGCCAGGAGCUGUCCGAGCUCGUCAAAAACCGUAUGAAGCACCUGGGCUUGCCCACCACCGGGUACGAGGAUGUAGCAAAUUUAACAGCCAGUGAUGUGAUGAAUCGGGUAAACCUGGGAUAUUUGCAAGAUGAGAUGAAUGACCACCAGAACACCUUGUCCUACGUCCUGAUCAACCCUCCCCCGGACACGCGGCUGGAGCUCAAUGACAUCGUGUACCUGAUCCGCUCCGACCCUCUGGCCCACGUGGCCAACGACGGCCACAGCCGCAAGAGCAGCUGCAGCAACAAGCUGGGCUCCGGCAACCCCGAAACGCGCGACGAGACCCAGCUGUGAGAGCCCCCGAGCUCCCGGUGCUCCGGGCUCCGGGGGAGGAGAGCACGGCCCGGCCCGGCCCAGCCCAGGGGAAGGCGGCUGCUGCUGCCCGCGGUGCCCCGGAGGAGGCGAUGCCCAGCGGGAGGGAUGCCCGGAGCCCCGGCACAGCCGGACGCACCCGCAGCCGGUGGCCGCGCGCCCCCGGGGGAUUUUAACUUUUUAUAUCGAUACCGCAACUAGUGAGAAAGUCUUCGCUGGUGCUGGGGGGACGUGGCUGAGCCCAGAUGCUGAUGGCCCCUGGGGAGCAGGGCUGAGGUUGGUACCGGCCAGGAGGGUGCAGGUUGGUAAAGAGGAGAGUGGAACUGCACCGAAACCGUGCUCCUCUUCCUCCUCCUCCUCCUCCUUCACCAGGUGUCCCCCAGGGUACCCAAACUCCUGCUGUGUCACUCAUGUUCUUCUCGGCUGGGUUUCUGUUCUGGGUGGCCACGCUGGGAGCUGGGCGAGGACUCUGGUGGCCGUGGGACAGCCGGGAUGGAGGGGACAGGGCAUGGCAGGGCUGCUGUGCCCCCAGAGCCUCGGGGCACCUCACAAACCAAACCACAGCAAGCCCAGGGGACCGAGAGCGGGGCCAGCUCUGUGGCAGUGCCCUGGAGCCCCUGGGUUUGUGUCCCCUGUGCUGCCAGGGGCACUCGGGGCUGUGUGUCUGGGGUGGCUGGGCUGGGUUUGGUGGUUUGGUGGCUCCACUCGCCCUUUCCCCUCUGGCCAGGGCAGUCUGGGGUCCAACCCUCCCAUGGCCUGCUGUCCUUCCCCUCCCCACGGUCACAGCUCGGUGACACCGUUAUGGCAGCGGGUUCUGCCUGUCCCCCUGGCCACCACGGCCCCCUGGCAGCUCCAGCCCCCCUGCUCGACUCUGUCCCCCCUGUCCCCAUGGCUUCCCCUGCAGCAGAGGUGCAUGAAUGUCCCCCCCGACCUGCAGGGACCUGGCACCACCACAGAUGUGUUUUCCACAGAUGUGUUUUCCACAGAUGUGUUUUCCAUCUGCUUUUGCACAACAUCGAUGUGGAAAGGGUUUUUUUGACUGCCAAGUGAAUAACUGAGUUGUUAACUUUCUAUACUUUCAUGUUCAUAUCUUACAAUUCCAGUGUGAUUUUUUUUUUUUUAAGCAAGGAGCUUGUAAAGCACAACAUGGCCAUGAAAUCCCAUCGGCUUCCUGCACUCACUGCCAGCUGAAUGGUUUAUUGCCACUACCAUUCACUGUUUGCUCCCCAAUGCACCCCCAAUCAAUGUUUACAAAGAAAACAAAAUAGAAAACAAGCCAAAACCUGAUUUAAAUGAGUUUUAAACAGCUGGGGAGAUGCCUGUGGGGAUGUGCUGCCCAUCCUGCCCUUGGCCCUGGGGAGAGCAGAGAUGCCCAGGGUAGGAGCAGUGCCAAGGCUGGUGUCACCUCCAGAGGGGGUUGAGAGAGACCUGCUGUGCCUGGAUGAGGUUUGGGGUCCAGCUUUUAUUUUUUUUAUUGUUGUUUUUUCCUGAAGUGCCAGGCAGGAGCUCCUGAGUGGUGGCACAUCCCAGGCCUGGUGAGGUACCACAGGUAAAAGCAAUGAGUGCACCCCUCCCACCCUGCUGAGCUGUGGGCACAAACAGAACUGUCUUUAAAGAUUUUUUGGGUUGUUUUGAUGGAUUUUUAAUGAUUAGUUUUGGAUCUGUUUGGUUAAGGCAGGCACAGUGUUUUAUUUAUUUCUGUUUGCAGCUUCACAUGCCAAAUUUGUCAUUUAAAAAUGGCAAAAAGAAAUUACAGGCUAAAAAGGGGUUGUGGUUGAAGAACAGAAGGACACGUGGGCUCUGUGCUAGCUUGAAGCCUCAGGAUGCUCAGACCAUGGAGUGGGAAUGUAUUUAAAUGUCUGCAUUUAAUAUGGAUCAUUUUCCAAACCCCACUUUGCUUUCAAGGGAGAGUGGAACAAAGCAGUAUUACAGGUUAAAUAAAACCAAACCAGCAGACAAAGAAAAGCCCAAAUAAAACAGAAGGUGUGAUUAUUUGAAUAUAUUUACUGAGAACAUUUCUGUUAUUUUUUGUCUGUUUGGCUGUGAGCUGUGUGUGAGAGCGCAGAGAAGCGAGCGCAGCUCCUCAGCUCAACCCUCCCAUGGCAAGAAAACUCAAUUUCUUUUAAAAACCCUUAAUUUACUUAAAAUUUCACCCCCAGCCCUGAGCAGCCAGGUCAGCCAUGUGGCCAAAUGCAGGCUCUGUUCUCCAGAGGCUCCACUGGCCGUGGUGCUGGGUCCCUCCUUCCUCAGCGGGCACACACAGCUCCUUCCUGCCCUUAAUCCGAGCAGAAAAUGAUCCCUAGAGGAAACCACAUGCCAAAAGGACUGAAGCCUCUGUGUGGUUUGUGAUAUUGUCAGAAUGCCCUCGAUAUUCCUGUAUUUUGACCAUGCUUCUGUUUGUUCAGUGUACAAAAUCCCUGCGUUUGAAACGGAAGCUCCGUGUACAAAGCCUCGGGUUCCUUCUCUGGUGUAAAUUUCCAGCUGACCUUCCCAUGGGAUGGGGAAAACCCUGUAAAUACUCACCUGUGGCCAACGCAAGUCUGAGAACCAAGGGUUCAUUUUUCUAAUUCCUUAGCCUCAGUUACAAUACUAAUGUAAAAACAAAAGCAGUUUAUUUUUCUAAUGGUCCUGGAAACGUCGAUGCGGCGACAAAGAGUCGUUCGCGCCGCUGAAAGGGCCCGCAAGGAGCUUCCGUGGGAGCAGGAGAAUGGCUAUUGCUUCCAACCAUGGAGAAAUCCCAUUUUCUACAGGAAAGAGUUGUGUUCCAAUGCAGAGACCUGGCAGGCCCUGGGGGAUGCAGAAACGAGCACAGCUGGGAUGUUUUGGGGUUUUCCAGCAGCGGCUCCGGCGCAUGUUCCGUGUCCACUAACGGUUUGAUACAGUAUGGACUAAAUCCACAUAUCCUGCAUUAAACUCAACUACUCCAACCAAUGUUAUGAGUAUAUUUAUUUCCUGUUAUCCCCCUUUUUAUUUAACCUCUAUAGAACAGGACAGUUUUAUUCCAAGCUCAGCUCCUGCAUGGAUUUUUAUCAGCAACAGCAACUCCCGUCUUUCCUCUCGGAGACCGAGCUCCGGGAGCUGCUCUGCUGGGAUGCAGCCAGCCAAGGGGAGAGGGUUUUGUACAAUUCUUGUGAAGAUGCUUCACAUUUCUGUAAAGAUAAAUGACAAUAAAAGAGCUGCAUGCAGCAACAGGAGA